AUGAAGUUCUGCACCAAGUUUAUCGUCUUCAUAUUGACUGUAUUGUCUCUACAUCACUACUGUGAGUGGAACCAUUGCUCAACAGAUGUCAAACAAUUCUGUAACUACACGUCUUUUUCCACUUGGAAUAAUAUCCUAAGUGCUAACAGUGAAACUUAUCAUGAAUAUGUUGCACCCAAAAUGAUUAUUGUAUCUACUAAGUACAACACUUUAAUUGAACCUCUCUGUCACAGUUUCUCUGAAAGACUAAAUGCUAAAGUCACUAAACCAAUAAUUACAUUUGUUACUCCACAUGUUGCCCAAUUUGAACAUAGACCUUAUGUUGUCUUUAUUCAUGAUAAAAUUGAAUGCCUGAUAAAUAAAUUACAUGUCUAUUAUAACAUUUAUUUGGAACAAAUCGUUUCCAAGAUCGAGAAACAAUUAGGUAUCAAAAAGACAUAUAAUGUGGCUCAAACAAAAUUUGGAAGUCAAUUUCAACCAAUUUGUGAAGUAUUUGAACCUUAUUUAAAGGGAUCUAAAACUAAAUUUCAAGAAUGGAAAAUUGGAUAUUUGAAUUAUAUUAAGGAUGCUAAAACUUUUACUGAAUCUGCCAAUAAACAAAUCAAGGAAACUGUUAAAGAGGAGAGAGAGAAAAUUCAAGAAUCUAUUGAAGAAAAGAAAGAACAAGUGAAAAAAAUUGCAAAGGACAGAAAGGAAAGUUAUAUCAACUCCAAGAAAUCAGCAGCUGCAGCCUCUGCAGCAGCAGCUGAGAAUGUAUCCACUACUUCUGACAUCCCAAAGGGUAAGAUUACACCAUUACUAGAUAACGACAUUUAUUCUGAUCUAUACGAAUUUAGAAAAGAAGCUGAAAAUAUGAAUGACGAAGAUUUUGAAGCCUUAGAUAAUAGCGGAGACGAUGAAGAAGUCUACACUUCUACUUCUACUAUUGUUAAAGUUGUGACCUUAAGUGAAGGUGCUGAUUCUGUUGAAACCCAAGGUCAGAAGGAUGCUGUUACUAAUGAAGAUGAGGUUAAUGCUAUCCAAAUUGAUUUUGACAAUUGGUCUGAUGCCAUUGAACGUAAGAUGUCUUCAAUCGCUGACUUAUUCGAAAAAGAUGUUAACACUACUAUGGAUAAGAUCUUAAGAUCUAAGGAUUUAACUUUAAAAAAAAUGUUAAGACAAAUGUCUAACUCUUCCCAAGAUUCAUAUGAAGAUAUUUCAAAGAAGAUCGAAGAUAUCGACUGUAUUACUGAAAUCGAUCCAAAAACAGGAGAAAAAAUUUAUUUUGAUAAGACUGGAACUACCCAAUUACCUGUCUAUGUUGACCGUGAAUUGAUGCGUGACUUGUUUGAUCACGCCAACUCGUUAGGGUUAACUGUUGUUAGUCAAAUUAACGCAGAAGUUGGUAACUUAGAUUCUGAUGUUUACUUUGCCGUUGAAGGUAUGCGUAGGCAAUACGCUGAAAUUUAUGAAGAAUGGGCAAAUGUUAUGGUCAAUGAAUGGUCUAAGAGGUUAGCAUAUAUUGAUGUAAUGGAUGCUGAUACAGGAAAGAAUUCAGAUGGUGCUGUUUCUGAAGAAAACUGGAAGAAAUUCUUAAAGGUUAAGAGACAAAUCAUUGGCAGAAGAGAAGAAUUUGCAACCCAUCCAGUAAGUAUGGAUGAAGUUAUUAAGUUCAGUACCAUGGUUCAAAAUACUCUGAUGAUGAUCAACAGAGAAAAUGGGGAAUAUCUAUAUAUCCUAAGAUCUAAAGCUAACUUGGCAUUCCAAAAGCGUGAAAAGGAAGAAGCUGAGAUGGAAGCCUUUGAUGCUGAAGAUGAGGAAGAUGUUCAAGCUGACGCUUAG